AUGGGGAUGCUAGGUGCGACUGGCGAAGUUGAACUCAUCUCAGAGGAUGACUCCGUCGACCUACUAUCCCUGGGGGAUGAGGAUGGCGACAACUUAUUCAUCCCAGCCACUCAGGCUGCUCGCCCGAGCGGCGUGAGAAGUGAUAGCACCGCCACUGAGGCUGAUGAAGCCGCAAGCGUGGGCCUUCACGACGUCUGCAAGAGAGCAGCUGCAAAGCUCGGCGUUCCCUGGCCUGAGGCCCAGAAGGAGACCGUGUCCUCUCGCUACGAGGGAAAGAGGCUCCCGAAGGCUAAAAGCUCCACCAGACAACUACUGCCCGUCUUCCCCGAGUGCCUCGAGGAAGCCACACGCUCAUGGAGCAGCCCAUUCUCAGCGAAAAACCCGGCUCAAGGGCUCGCGGCGCUGGAAUGGCCAGACAUGGAAAGCAGUGGAUUCUCCCAUCUGCCCCCUGUCGAACCGCUCCUGGCCUCCCAUCUCCACCCCACCCAGAAGUCUGCGAUGACCCCCUCGGGAUCCGCAUUCCCCUCCAAAGCCGACAAUUUCCAGUCCGCCGUGACUGAAAAAAGCUACAAAGCAGUGGUGUCGGCGGUGAGAGCUCUCAACGCCUCAUCUCUGCUCAUGGCCUACCAAGCCGAGCUGGAGGAAGACUUCUCGUCCGCCCCCAACCAGCCAGCUGUGUGGGACAAAAUGUGUGUGGUCACAGACCUCUGCCUACGGCUACACAGGUGUGCGGUGCAAACGGCGGGACGGGCUAUGGCCCUCAUGGUCUCUCAAGAGAGAGAGAGCUGGCUCAACCUCUCCAGCCUCUCCCACAAGGAGAAGACCCAGCUGCUAGAUGUGCCCGUGGACCCCAAAGGCCUCUUUGGACCAGCCGUGGCCACUAUGCAAAAGCGGUGUGAGGAAAAGAAACGGGACGGUGAAGCGCUGCAGCUGUGCCUCCCCAGAAAGGCACAAGCCCCCGCUCCCAAAGCACCCAGACAGACGUUCUCCGAGGCAGCGGCACGCCCGCCGCAGUACCGGAUACCGAGACGUCAGCUCCCGACCCAGACUGCCACUCAGAGCCUUGGGAGCGAGGAAGAAGAAGCGCGCCUAGUACGCGCCUUGCAGGCGAGGGGGGACGGAUCCAGUCAGACGCUCCCCCCUCCUCGACUCACACCGGCCCCGUUCCUGGGCCUGUUCAAAGAGGCAUGUUCACUGCCCCCCAAGAGGCGUGCAGAGGCCACAGAGGCGCUCGCAGUUCACAGCCCACUGAAGCGGAGAAGAGACCUGGAGUGCCAGUUCGAGCCCCAACAGAGUCUCACAAGCACACACCAGUGCCCCCCUUCAAAAAUAAAUGUUUCGGUGCGCAGCCGGGCCGAGGGUGCGGAGCCAAAGCUCCACCGGGGGCGAUGGGCAACGCUAGCGUUGCAGCCCACGCCAGCUCGGUCGCGCCAGUUAGCGCCACUAGAUGGCGUCAUUUCGCCACUGACCGAGCGCAUCCAGUACUGGCGGAUGCAAGUGAAGUCAGACUGGAUGAUAAAGAUUAUAGCGAAAGGCUACCGCCUACAGUUCGCUACACCCCCACCCCCGUUCAAUGGGAUUGUACAAUCCCACGCUACAGGGGAAUCUUCCCAUGUUUUACAGGGGGAAAUAAUUUCCCUGUUAAACAAACAAGCGAUCAGGGUAGUCCCCUUCGAGCAAAGCCGUCACGGUUUUUACUCAAGGUAUUUUCUGGUCCCAAAGAAAGGGGGGGGCUUGCGCCCGAUAUUGGACCUGCGUGCACUGAACAGAUACCUAAGAAAGUACAGGUUCAGGAUGCCAACCAACGACGCAUUAAUGCGCUUCGUGCGCCCGGGCGAUUGGUUCACCUCAGUGGAUCUGACCAAUGCGUUCCUACACGUCCCGAUCUAUCCGCCCCACAGAAAGUUCCUCAGGUUUGCCUUUCGAGGUGUGGCCUACGAGUGGCUUGCCCUCCCAUUUGGCCUUGCGCUCAGCCCCAGAGUCUUCGUCAAGGUCACCGAAGCGGCUAUUGCGCCGCUCCGGGAAAAAGGUUUACGUCUGGCUACUUUUAUCGACGACUGGCUGGUGGCCGCGCACUCAUACCAGGAAGCGCAGCAGCACACGGCUCUCCUAACGGAGCACCUGUUGUUACUAGGCUUCAGAUUAAACUGGGAGAAAAGCGUGCUGCGCCCGUGUCAGAUCACCACCUUCAUAGGGCUGUCUCUAAACUCCGUCUCAUUCAGAGCGCGCCUGUCAGCGGAACGAGUCAAAGCGUUCCGCGCAUGCCUCACGCUUUUCCGCAGGGGGGCUACUGUGAAAUUCAGGGUCUGCCUCAGACUCCUGGGCCUCAUGGCGUCAGCCUUGGUGGUCGUUCCCCUCGGCCGUUUAUACAUGAGGGCUGUUCAGCGAUGGGUGGCGUUGCUGGGAUUGAAUCCCUCGCGUCACUGCCAUCGCCCUGUCGCAAUCUCAGCAGCCUGCUGCGCUGCGCUAAGGCCCUGGAAACGCCCACUCUUCCUCACAGAGGGAACUACGAUGGGUGCUGUCCUACACAGGAAAGUAGUGACGACGGAUGCCUCGCUGAGCGGCUGGGGAGCUACUCACGAGGGCAGGUCGAUAAACGGGGUGUGGGACUCACACAUGCAAUCUUUGCACAUAAACCGUCUAGAACUGAUGGCGGUUUGGCUCGCACUCAGACAUUUUCUGCCCAUCCUGAGAGGGCAUCAUGUCUUGGUCAGAACAGACAACACCACUGUGGUGGCCUAUGUCAACAAGCAGGGGGGACUGAGGUCUCGUCAUAUGCACACUUUGGCACACAGACUGAUCUUAUGGAGCAGCACACGGCUCCUGUCGUUAAAAGCCACACACGUCCCCGGUGUAUUGAAUUUGGGUGCAGAUUUAUUAUCCAGGGGCAACCCCCGCUACGGAGACUGGAAACUCCACAGCGAUGUGGUGGCUCAAAUCUGGUUGCGAACGGGUCGAGCGAAAGUGGACUUAUUCGCCUCAGAGGAGAAUGCGCAAUGUCCGAUGUUUUUCUCUCUGCGCGAUCAGAAAGCCCCGUUAGGGAUAGAUGCUUUGGCACACCAGUGGCCACACGUCCUGCUCUAUGCCUUCCCUCCGUUGGAACUGAUCACUCCAACGCUCGCCAGGGUGCGGGAACAGAGCCUCUCACUCAUUCUCGUAGCCCCACGCUGGCCAGGGAAACCCUGGCUAGCAGAAAUAAUCCCGUUACUCCACUCCCCACCGUGGCCGCUGCCCCCCCGCAGGGACCUGCUGUCCCAAGCGAACGGGGAAAUAUUUCACCCUCAUCCAGAGCGCCUGGCCCUCUGGGUCUGGCCCGUGAAAGGCUGA